AUGUCUUUGAGCACCAGAUCCUACGGUCAGAGGACCAUGAGCGUCUACGGGGGAGCCGGCGGCCGUGGCACCCGCAUCUCCAGCUCCAGCGGCCAGAUGAACUACGGACCCUCCUCCUCCUCCUCCGGGGGCUUCAACCUGUCCGACGGCCUGGACCUCCACGUGGGAGCCAACGAGAAGGCCACCAUGCAGAACCUGAACGACCGCCUGGCCUCCUACCUGGAGAAGGUUCGCACCCUGGAGAAGGAGAACGAGCGGCUGGACAAGCAGAUCAGAGAGUGGUACCAGAGCAGGACCGUCAUCUGCCACGACUACACCAGCUACUUCGCCACCAUCGAGGACCUGAAGGACAAGAUCCGUAUCGCCUCCAGGCUCAACGCCAAGACCGUCCUGGACAUCGACAACGCCAAACUGGCUGCUGAUGACUUCAAAAUGAAGUAUGAGAACGAGCUGGCCAUGAGGAUGGCCGUGGAGGCGGACAUCGCUGGGCUGAAGAGGGUCCUGGAUGAGAUGAACCUGGCCAGAAUGGACCUGGAGAGUCAGUACGAGGCCCUGAAGGACGAGCUCAUCAUGCUCAAGAGGAACCACGAAGAGGAAUUGGCUCUGCUGAGAAGCCAGAUGGGCGGACAGGUCAACGUGGCCGUGGACGCGUCUCCCGCUACAGACCUGAACAAGGUCAUGUCCGAGAUCAGGGAACACUACGAGGGCGUGAUCGGCAAGAACCGCAAGGAACUCGAGUCGUGGUACCAGAACAAGCUUGCAGCGGUGGAGCAGGACGUUAUCACACACACAGAGAUUCUGUCCACAUCACGCACAGAGAUUAAGGAACUGAAGAGCACCCUCCAGAGGCUCCAGAUUGAACUGCAGUCCCAUUUGAGCAUGAAAGCGUCCCUGGAGGGCACCCUGGCAGAGACUCAGGCCCGCUACGCUGCACAGCUCGCUAGCCUCCAGAGCAUGGUCACCAGCCUGGAGCUUCAGCUGUCCCAGCUCCACGCCAACAUCGCCAGCAACAAGCAGGAGUACGACAUGCUGCUGGACCUCAAGACCCGGCUGGAGCUGGAGAUCGCAGAGUACAGGAGGCUGCUGGAUGGAGAGGACGAAAGGUAAAGAGAGAGAGAAAUUAUAGAGAAAGAAUAUCCAACAACAGUUUCCCCAGUGGUCACAAAGGUCAUCACAGUGGUGGAGACAGUUGUGGAUGGAAAGGUCGUUGGCAGCAGCAAGACUGUUGAUGUGGACGUGGAUGAGAUUGAGUAA